AGUGGGAGGGGCUGUUGUGUGAGGAACUCGGCGCAGAUCAAUGAACGCCGCUAAACAAACGGGUUGGGCAAUACAGCCAAGUUGAGCUCAGCCGUAGGAGAUCUGCUCACUGCACGCCAGCGCACAGCGCUUUUUCCUACACUUCAGCGGAGUGAAUAAGUGUAAAAGUGAGCUUCAGUAACAGCGUCGACAGGUCUCUAUGUUUUGUAAAAUCAAAUGUACAACUUUACCAGCCCUUUAUCUCUUGGACUCUAGCGCUUACAACAAACAAGCGACGAACAACAACUGACAGGGAAUCAGCUUCACAUCGGGAAAGUCGAUACUUCCAAUUCGAGGAUGAUUUUUGCGAAUUCUGGCAACCCGCUGAGAACUACGUAUCGUAAACAGCCUCCUGUUGGCCCCUCGUCCCAGCCCAUGGCCCCACCCAGCCCCGGAACCAACAGCAGCACCAAUCAGAGCAGCAGUAGCAGCAGCACGGCAGGCUGGGAGCAGCUCAGCAAAACCAACCUGUAUAUCCGGGGGUUGCCCCCAGCAACCACCGACCAUGACCUGGUCAAGCUCUGCCAGCCUUACGGCAAAAUUGUAUCAACGAAGGCUAUCCUGGAUAAGACUACAAACAAGUGCAAAGGUUAUGGCUUUGUGGACUUUGACAGCCCUGCUGCUGCACAGAAAGCCGUCAACGCUCUAAAAACCAGCGGCGUGCAGGCACAGAUGGCAAAGCAACAGGAGCAGGACCCCACUAACCUGUACAUAUCUAAUCUGCCACUCUCCAUGGACGAGCAGGAGCUUGAGGCUAUGCUGAAGCCCUUCGGUCAGGUGGUCUCUACACGCAUUCUCCGGGACGCUAACGGGUCUAGCCGGGGAGUUGGAUUUGCCAGAAUGGAGUCCACAGAAAAAUGUGAUGCUGUUAUUUCUCACUUCAAUGGAAAGUUUCUCAAGACGCCAGCCGGAGUAAUGGCCCCUAGUGAGCCACUGCUGUGUAAGUUUGCUGAUGGAGGGCAGAAAAAGCGACAGAGCCAAAAUAAAUACGUGCCGAACGGACGAGCGUGGGCCAGAGAUGGAGAGGCCAGACUUGCUGGAAUGACGCUCACAUAUGACCCCACUGCUGCAGCUAUGCAGAAUGGAUUCUAUCCCACCCCUUACAGCAUUACUAACCGAAUGAUCGCCCAGACAGCCAUGUCACCAUACAUCUCCCCAGUGUCCACAUAUCCGGUGCAGAAUCCAUCUUGGGUCACUCACCAGCCCUACAUUAUGCAACAUCCGGGAGCUGUAAUAUCGCCCUCUAUGGAUCCCUCCAUGUCACUGCAGCCAACGUCCAUGAUGAGCCCCCUCACUCAGCAGAUGAGUCACCUUUCUCUGGGCAGCACAGGAGCGUUCAUGCCAGCUAACGCAGUGAUGCAGGGCGCAUACAUCCCUCAGUACACUCCUAUGCAGCCUGCUGCAGUGGAGGACAACAGCCCUCAGCCCCAGGUGGAGUCAGCUGGUGAUCAUUCUCCCUACACCUACCAACAAACCAAGUGAUGAAGAGGACCCUCAGCGCUCAGGAGACCGUGAGGGGAUUCUGCUUCAACAAUCAUGCUUCCUCUGAUGGAUUAAGCUCGACCAUUCGAUCGACGUUUGCACAGGUUCUACGAUGAGUUUCCUCUGUUUUUAAAACAACUAUCCAGACUAUUUUUGGUAUAAGUUCUAUGAGGUGCAAAUAAAAUAUUAAUUUCAUCAAAGGAUGCUAGCUAUCGAAGAAGAAAAUGACAAAAGGAAAAAAAAGUUUUAUUUUAAUAGAAAGAACGUUUAUUUUUACCAAGGAAUCGUCACAUGGUUGCAAGAACUCAAAGGAGCAUGUGACUUGAUGUGCAUGGUAGCAGAGGUGUCCAUUGUUAAUAUUUUUUUAUGAUUUAAGAUUUGUGUGUGUGUGUCUGUGUUUGUUUGUUUUUUUUUUUUUUCUUUGUACUGAUCUGGUUUUGUUGUUUGUAGAGAUUUAUUGGCCGGACAUCCUGAGAAAGAUGUGUUUUUGGGUUUGGUUUUUUUUUAUUUUUUUUUGUGCUUGCAGUGUGAGUGUUGCUAUGGUGAAGUGUUACGUUUCCUCUUGUACAGUGUGUUUUGUCCUAUUGAUCUAGAAUGAUCUUACUCUCUCUUUCUCUCUCUUUCUCUCUCUCUCUCACUCUCUCUCCCUGUCUCUCACAUCAAAUUUGCCUUAAAUUCUUUCCAUACAGCUGUACAGGUAGCCUCUAGCUGAGGCUGAACCAGAGAAAGAGACGGCCUUGUAAAUCAGCCGAAUAGGGCUUUUCUUAGGAUCUAGCUAAUGAAAUUCGCUUUGCCUAGUUUAGGUGUUUUGCUUUUUACUGAUCCUCUUAGAGCUUUUAGAGUAGAACAUGUGAUGAGUGAUAAAAGAUGAUGGAGUUUAAAUAAGGUGUAAUGUUUUUGUAAUCAGAGGGACGAAGCCUCUGGUUGUUUGAAUGUGGUAGAAAUUCUGCUGAAUGAACACAUUUUUAAAUUGCCUUUUAGAAAAAUUCGCUGUUGUAGUUUAGCUGAACAUGUACGUGCGGGUGGGGGGAAGUGGUUUGACCAAGUCUUUUUAUUUUUCCUUUGAUUGUUUUGAAGGGAGGGGGUUAUGGUCUGUCUCCCAGACAGAAUAUAAUUGUCCUUUUUUUAUUAUUAUUUCUUUCAGUUUUGAUGCAGACAGAUGUGCUUUUGUGAUUGUGUACAGAUUAAUUAAGCCUUCCAGAGGCAACUUUAAGCAAACGUUCUGUGGAAGUUUCUGGAAGAGAUUGAUUUUCUGUAGAUUUUAGUUUGUCUAGCUCUUUUCUAGGAAGCAAACAGAACUCGGCACUUUCAAUCAAAGUUUACUUCACCAAAGACAGUGAGCUAGCAAACAAGAAAUAAGGUAAUGGAUAUAAUGUCAUUUUCUCCUUGGGCAGGAUACAAUUCUAAGACUUUCUACUGGACUAGACUGCAAUUUCGAGAAUGUGCCUUUUUUGUAUAUAUGCAUCCAGCUGUCUUUAGUUGUUGUCAAAGUUUGGACACAUGCAUGAAGGAAGAUUUGGAUCCAACAAGUGCCACAAGCAUCACUACAGAGCACACGAAACUGAAAUACGAAACUAGAACACGCAAAAGGAGAAGUUUGAAACUAUGAACUGAGCAGCACAGUGAUACUCUGCUAUGGUAUUGUUCAGCAUGAAAAUGUUCAUUUUUUUAUUUUCUUUUAAAAUCACAUUAGGCUUUAAUUUAGGCUUUAUUAGGUUGUCUUCCACAAGACUGUGUUUCUGAACUGGUGGUCCUAUUGACCAAUUAUCUACCUCAGAGUUGCUUUCUCCUCUGUUUUGAUUGGCCGGGCUAGCAGGUUCAGCCCGCCCCUCCAGACCAAACGGCUAGCUCUGGAGCUGCCCGCAUAUACACAUGUUUUGUUUUCAGGUUGUUUUUAAAUACUUUAAUUUUUUUUUUUCUUAAAACUAAAUUUUUUAAUGACAUUGUUAUUAUUAUGAGGAUAGAUGUGCGUUGAACGUGAUAGUCUUGUCUAGACAUUCAGUUUCAUAGUUUCAAAAGCAAAACACUGCUGCUUAAUCACAGGAUGUUCCAGUAGUCGACAAAGUCCAUUGAAAAGAAAAAGAAAGAAGGAGAGAAAUAAAGAAAAAAAAUAUCAAAACUGAAAGUUGUGGUAUUUCUAGGAUCUGUUUCUGAGACAUUGUCGCUGUUCAGUCCCAGUCCAGACUUUCAGCAGCACAGGCCUCACAGCUCUGGUGCGUGUGUGUGUGUGCGUAUGGGGCAGAGUUUGAAGAAUGUUUGAGGUGUGUGUGUGUGUGUGUGUGUGUGUGUGUGUGUGUGUGUGAGUGAGAGAGAGAGAAAGAAAGAGAGACUGAAGAAUGCGUGAGCAGGAGUUAUGUGUGGGCGAAGCUUCUAGUAACACCUGAACCAAGUGCCAAUGUAUAGCUGGAUGAAAGAGUGGGAGACGUACAGAAAGAAUCGCUCAUGAACAUGAAACAUCACUUACUAGACAGCCAUUAAGUUAUGAAAAAAAAGUAAUAAUUUAUGAACAGAGAAGUUUUGUA